GAUGCCCGCGCCGGUGCCGCCCCCGCUCCGCGCAGCCCCGGCCGCCAGGCCUUAGCCGCCGGCGCCGCGACCCACGGACCUCGGCGACAUGGAGUGCCUGUGUACAUCACCCCUGGGCACGGAAGUGUUCCGGGCUUCCUCUCAAAAGACACAGGAUGAAGCAGGGCGGGGGUGCACACUUGUCAUCCCAGCACUCUGAGAAGGCCGAGACAGGAGGAUCACCAAUUCCAGUCCAUUCUGGGGUCCUGGUGGCAGACACCGCGUCCCAGCAGGAGAGACUCCAGGCCAUCGCGGAGCGGCGGAAGAGGCAGGCGGAGAUUGAGAACAAGCGGCGGCAGCUGGAGGAUGACAGGCGGCAGCUACAGCACCUGAAGUCCAAGGCUCUGCGGGAACGCUGGCUGCUGGAGGGGACACCGUCUUCAGCCUCGGAGGGGGAUGAGGACAUGCGGAGGCAGAUGCAGGAGGACGAGCAGAGGGCCCGGCUCCUGGAGGGGUCCAUCUCCAGGCUGGAGAAGGAGAUUGACCUGCUGGAGAACGGAGAGGUGGCCCCGGCCACGUCGAAGAACGCAGCCGUCCCCAGCCCAGCCCGAGCCCCAGCCCCCAGCCCUGCCCGGGAGGAGCCCAAGGCUGAGGUGGUGCUGAAUUCACAGCAGACCGCGGCGGGCACGCCCAAAGAGCAGCGAGUCUCCAACACCCCAGUGCGGACAGCAGAUGGCUCCACCAUGAUGAAGGCAGCCAUGUAUUCGGUCGAGAUCACAGUGGAGAAGGACAAGGUGACCGGGGAGACCAGGGUGCUCUCCAGCACCACGCUGCUCCCCCGGGACCCACACCCACAGGGCAUCAAGGUCUACGAGGACGAGACCAAAGUGGUCCAUGCCGUUGACGGCACCGUGGAGAACGGGAUUCACCCGCUCAGCUCCUCGGAGGUGGACGAACUCAUCCACAAGGCAGACGAGGUCACCCUGAGUGAGGCCGAGGCCGGGGCCGGGGCCGGGGCAGCGGCAGAGACCCGGGGGUCGGCGGUGGCGGUGGCGGUGGAGGAGACCGUCCGGAACACGCCGCUGCGGCGAGAGAUCACUGGGGUCCAGGCCCAGCCUGGUGAGGCCACAUCAGGCCUGGCCAGUGCCCAGCCCAGCCAGGAGCCCCCGGUCACCAUGAUCUUCAUGGGCUACCAGAAUGUGGAGGACGAGUCCGAGACCAAGAAGGUGCUGGGGCUCCAAGACACCAUCACAGCCGAGCUGGUGGUCAUCGAGGACGCGGCUGAGCCCACGGAGGCCGCGCCGCCCAACGGCAGUGCGCCCGAAGCCCCCGCUGCCCCGAGCUCCAGGGAAGAGGACCGCGCCAGGCCCGAGGCCACCACCAGCGACCCCCAGGACCUCGAUCUGAAAAAGCAACGCUGUAAAUGCUGCUCAGUCAUGUGAGCCGGCCCGGCCCCCCGAGACCCUGGCCCCUGCCCUGCGUGACACAGACACCCACCAGCCUGGCCCCUCCCAGCGCCCGCCGCCCCGUGCCCUCCACCUCGAGGGCCCCGAGACACGCGCGCCCGUGCGUUCGCACCUGGCCCCUGAGUUUUCUUCCCACUGAAGAGAGGAACUGGGAUCCCGCCCGCACGCCUGUCACCACACCCCACCCACCCCACCUCUGAGCCGUGCACUUUGCACCUGGUGGGAGGGACACAGGCUACCUGCUUUCCCAGAACGAGGGCCCCUCACCCCCAACUCGGGCAGCUUCACAGGCGCCACUGUGGCCUGGCUGGUGUGGCCCACGGCCUCCCUGCUGCCCCAGGCCAAGCCUAUGCCUUUCUGCCACCUCCGAUGGUCUCUCUUCGAGGGGACCUGGAGUCCAGGGGUCUCUGGCAGAGGCACUGGCCUCCCGGGCUUGGGCAGCUGGCGACAAGGCCACAGUUCUCUAAGGAACGGAGGUCAGGCUGCUCUGGAAAGCCCCAGCUCGCUGCAUUCCCCACUGUGGGCCGGGCCGCUGGGCGACAGCAGGGGGAGCCCUGGGGCUGUGUCCCCGCCUGGAAGGUGUUGGCAGCCCCAGGUUGUGCCCUAGACGGGGCCACGGACUGGGGUCUGGAGCUGCUUCUUGUCCCAAGCUCCUGUCCCCACCAGCCCCCUCUUCCUCCUGGUGCUAAUUUGGGGACCCUACGGGCCAUCCCCGGCCUCUUCUCCAGCCUGGGCCCCGGGUGCCCCCAGAAAGCAGGCCCCACCAGCCUGCUCUGGCAGCCUGGGAUUAUUUCUGGGCAGGGAGGUCCCCUGGGCUGGUGCGCAAGACCCCUGUUUGUCACCUGGAGCGACAUUGCAGGCCCCUCUCACCGGAGGUGGCCUGGGGGUCCCUGCCUGAGGGCAGCCGCAUUAUCCCCAGCCGCACAUUCUGCAAAGGCCCACAAGCCCUCUUAAGGGUUGGCUUUGGACCCUGGAUCCUGACCUGGCCUGGUCCCUAGGGGCCUGGUGGCCAGGGCUAAGGCCACCUUGUGGCGGGGUCACCACCCACGGCCACAAGGGCAAGUUCAGUUGCCACCCCCGGACCAGAGCAGGGGUCGCUGUCGAGGUUCUGUCCCUCCCGUGGCCGGGAGGAGGGGCCCUCUGGGGGUGACCUGGGCAGUAGCCAUGGGACCCCUCUACUUCCUCCCUCGAGUCUGCCCGAGUCCCUGAGCCGUGAGCCUUCGCUGAAGUGCCCUUGCUGCCCCUCUGCUUUCAAUGUGUGAUGAGGCCCUGAUGUUCUUGAUUUUCCCAGAGAAGCAAAUAAAAGUGUGAAGAGCCCA